AAAGAAUGUGCGAUCUUCGGCGGGCGGUGAUUGAGUUGACGAUAUGGAGCGAAGAGAAAAGAAGGAAUUGAAACUGUGUACAGAGGGUAUGAAGGUAUGGGUUUCUAGACUUAAUUUUUUUUCUUCUUUAAUAUUCUGUAAGUCGGUACGGCACGAUCACGUGUGUAUUUACUCAACGACAGAUUUCUCAGUGUGCCGAUCCUUCGGGCUAGGUAGCUCAGCUUGCUUCGCUCACCGGCUAGCGUGACGGAUUCCCAUUUACUAAGCAGACGACCCGAGACAUUGAUACUUCUCUACAUCUCCCGCGCCUUUUCUUUUCAUAGCCCUUCCUCCUCAUACAUCACGUCAUUUUCUCCGACCGAUAUGAACAUGUCCGUCCAUCUUAUGCAGGACUUAAGAGGUUCAGUCUUGCUCGGACUGGUUGUUACCAUAUGACGUCAUAAACCUGAUCUCUGAGGACAAACUUUGGACAUUGUUUCUCUUUUUAACUUUUUUUUUCUGGGCGGUCGAGGAUUUGGUGGAUAAGAAGAACAAGAGGAUUGCUGAGAAGUGUAUACGUUUGUGUGAAAUGGAUCGUUGAAGAAUCUGUGCCGAGGCUUGAUUGCUAUUUUAUCAAUUGGGCAUUGCUGAGCCAUGCGGCCUAACUUGGUGUGGUUAUUCCAUAUCAUACUGCUGGUUGAGUUCUCACACCAACCCAAGCUUUUGGCCCUUUCGUCGGUGGUAGCACUCGGAGCCAACGUAAUCUGCAAUCGCAUCCCCGGUUUGGCUCCACGGCAGCGGGCCAUCUGCCAGAGGAGGCCAGAUGCCAUAGUGGCCAUUGGAGAAGGAGCACAGAAGGCCGUGCAAGAGUGUCGAUUCCAGUUCCGCAACGGAAGGUGGAACUGUACCCUGCCAAAGUAUGAAGAGACCAUCUUUGCACAAGAUAUGCCUGCUGGUAAGGCAACACGACGAGGUAAUCGCGAGGCGGCCUUCCGUAAAGCCAUCACCUCAGCCGGCAUCACACACGCAAUUACCGAGGCAUGUAUGCAAGGAAAUCUCACCAACUGCAGCUGUGAUCGAAGCAAGGAGACCGGGGUCACCGACGAGGGUUGGCGAUGGGGAGGCUGUAGUGCUGACGUCGAGUACGGUCUCAGGUUUUCAAGGCUUUUCGUCGACUCGGGAGAAGUGGCAAACAAUGCCAAGACGCUCAUGAACCUUCACAAUAAUGAAGUUGGCAGAAAGGUAGUAGAGGAUCACGUAGGAAUGGAAUGCAAAUGCCACGGUGUUUCAGGGUCGUGUACAACCAAGACGUGCUGGACAAUGCUUCCCAAUUUCCGAUCAGUGGGAGAUAUUCUGAAAGAGAAAUACGAAAGAACUCUCCAGGUGGAGCCCGUAAAAGCUAAACGAACAAGGAGACCGACGUUUCUCAAAGUCAAAGACUCCGAGAAUUACAGAAAACCACGCUUGUCUCAUUUAGUAUUUUUGCACCGGUCGCCGAACUAUUGUGAGUUCGACGAGAACAAUGGUUCGAUGGGAACGGUGGGACGGAGGUGCAACCGGACUUCGACAUCGACAGACAGUUGUGAUCUCAUGUGUUGCGGUAGAGGCUACAACACACAUCAGUACACCAAAACAUGGCAGUGCAACUGUAAAUUUUAUUGGUGCUGCUACGUCAGAUGCAAUCAAUGUAGCGAACAGACUGAAGAAUACACGUGUAAAUGACACGGACUUUGUGUAAGGACAAUCACCAUAAACAGCAAUAGGAUGCCCAGGAUGGGUUUAUAUUGAUUGUGAAUUAAUACAAUCUGAAAAUGUUAAUGGUUUAAUGUGACGAAAAAGUUAUGCAGGGCAUUUGAAUGUCGACGAUCAAAUCGACGACUGAAGUUAAAGGACUGAGUGAUGACUUGUUUUCAAAUCAGAAAACUCCUAAAAGGAGAAGAAAAAAGGCCAUGUCGAAAGUUUUAACAAAAUAGACACAUUUGUCUGCAUAAUCAUGCUAUUUUCUCUAUCCUCUUAGCGUGGCGGGACUUGAUACUUGUCGUGCUUAUUCGUUCUUUGCCUGUAAACUCUAACACGUUUAGUACCAACGGUUUGCAAAGAUCAAACAAUAUUGCGUCAUAAUAUCCUCACUAUAUAUCUUGUGUAAUCAAAUGCGUGCAUACUGAGUGGGAUGGUGCCAAGUAGAUAUUACUUGUCUCUCUGACCUCCCAUCGAACCAACCAUUUAGAUCACAGUCAUCUCUACCAUUCUAUCAAAUCCAACUUCCGUUUACUUUUGUUUCGUUUGUACAAUUACAUAUACUAGUAUCAUCUCCAAAUCACUUUGUCAUCGAAGAUAUUGCUUCAAUUUGGGGGUAAUUAUAAUGAUAGCAAGUGAUGUGAUAAUUUCCUAUCCAAUAGGUGCGAUAAAUUCAGCCUGAGAACAAUCACAAAUUCUUAAUUUCGAUAGCAUCAUUUUUUUAUGAUCGUUAAUAGUAUAUCUAUUUUGUUUAUUUAUAGUAAAAUAAACUUAUAAUGCCUCUCGCACGGAGAAGUGCCCAACAUUAUAGUUGACAUCUUGGAGAUGCCAGUUGCCUGACAUUUUAGCGGAUAUUUUUGUUAGGCCUAUUAUCAGAAACAAUUUGUAUUUUGCAAAUUUUACGUUUUUGACUAUGUAAGACAUGAUAAAGCAUAAUCGAUUUGAUGACAUUUCAACUUGAAAUAAAACGCCUCUUCUAAUAUGAUGUCACAAUGUUUUAAACUUUGCAAGCUUGCAGAAUAUGUAUCUAAAACGAAACUACACUAACAGAGUUAACUCGGACACAAUCUCUUUCACAACAAAUUUCAAAUUUGUUUAAAAAAAAUAAAACCUAUAGUCAAUGAAUUCAUAUUGGUUGUGAUUUUUUAUAUCAGUACUUGAAAUUGUUUUAUUAUGGAUACAGCGCUCUCUUUUUUGUGACUAUUGUGACCUUUUCCUUCCCCGAAAUUCUUUCAUUUUCCAUCCCAUAAGUGUUUUCUUUUCUUUUUUUAUUCAAAUUUUUCAGAAAUAAAAAGGUCUAGACUGUCUAGAUAUCGUAAUCGAAAUUCGGAAAUGGUAAUCUCAAAUAUGAAUUAUCAUAGCCGUGAAAAGAAUGUUAUAUAAAAGCGCUCCUUUGCAUAGUGAUUUAAAUGCAUUCAAACUAUUGAUAGGAUUAAUAUCUCGGUGUUAGGCUUUUAAUAAUUUCAUAUUUCAGUAGGCUGCAUGAGUUCCAGUAAAAAAAAAUAAUGAAUACCCCCUUCUCCGUGUAUGUUACAAGUCACUGUUCAAGGAAUUUACUAUAGUUUUCAUAAGACAUGCAUUAUAAUCACAAUACCUGAUAUAGAUAGGC